GGCCCCGACUUCGGAGACCCGGGCUGCUGACAGACCAGGGGGCUCGGGACUGCUACCGUGCUGUCCUCCCUCCCAAGAUGGAGUUCCUCCUGGGGAACCCGUUCAGUACCCCGGUGGGGCAGUGCCUCGAAAAGGCAACAGAUGGGUCUCUGCAAAGUGAGGACUGGACAUUGAACAUGGAGAUCUGUGACAUCAUCAACGAGACAGAAGAAGGGCCAAAGGAUGCAAUUCGAGCCUUGAAGAAGCGGCUCAAUGGAAACCGGAACUACAGAGAAGUGAUGCUGGCAUUAACUGUGCUGGAAACGUGUGUGAAGAACUGUGGCCACCGCUUUCACAUCCUUGUGGCCAAUCGAGACUUCAUAGACAGUGUCCUAGUCAAGAUUAUUUCUCCCAAAAAUAAUCCUCCUACUAUUGUACAAGACAAAGUCCUUGCUCUGAUCCAGGCAUGGGCUGAUGCCUUUCGAAGCAGCCCUGAUCUCACUGGCGUUGUCCAUAUAUAUGAAGAACUAAAGAGGAAAGGGGUGGAGUUUCCCAUGGCCGACUUGGAUGCUCUGUCUCCUAUCCACACACCACAGCGGAGUGUGCCUGAAGUGGAUCCCGCCACGACCAUGCCCAGGUCCCAGUCGCAGCAGAGGACAAGCACUGGCUCGUAUUCUUCAUCUCCUGCUCCCUACUCUACUCUGCAGGCCCCAGCCCUGAGCGUGACUGGACCCAUCACAGCCAAUUCAGAACAGAUUGCCCGGCUGCGGAGUGAACUGGACGUUGUUCGAGGAAACACAAAAGUCAUGUCUGAGAUGUUAACAGAGAUGGUUCCUGGGCAGGAGGAUUCAUCAGAUCUGGAAUUGCUACAGGAGCUGAACCGGACCUGCCGAGCCAUGCAGCAGCGCAUCGUGGAGCUCAUCUCCCGAGUGUCUAAUGAGGAGGUCACAGAGGAGCUGCUACACGUCAACGAUGACCUCAACAAUGUCUUCCUCCGCUAUGAGAGGUUCGAACGAUUCAGAUCCGGCAGAUCUGUUCAAAAUGCUAGUAAUGGGGUACUGAAUGAAGUGACGGAGGACAACUUAAUAGACUUGGGGCCAGGGUCUCCAGCUGUUGUAAGCCCAAUGGUGGGGAACACAGCUCCACCUUCUUCCCUCUCCUCCCAGCUUGCAGGCUUGGACCUGGGCACAGACAGUGUCAGUGGCACUCUGAGUUCGCUCCAACAAUGUAAUUCCCGUGACGGCUUUGACAUGUUUGCCCAGACAAGAGGGAAUUCCUUGGCUGAGCAGCGAAAGACGGUGACCUAUGAGGACCCCCAGGCUGUUGGAGGACUGGCUACUGCUCUAGACAGUCGGAAGCAAAGCUCUGAAGUGAAGAGAGGUAAAGGUGGGGACUCUGACCUGGAGCCCAUAGACAGCUGGCUCAUAACCCAAGGAAUGAUCCCCGUUGCUCAGCCCUCUGUCAUGGACGACAUUGAGGUGUGGCUCAGGACGGACCUGAAAGGCGAUGAUCUGGAAGAGGGGGUCACUAGUGAAGAGUUUGAUAAAUUUCUCGAAGAAAGAGCCAAAGCUGCUGAAAUGGUUCCCAACCUCCCCUCCCCACCUACUGAGGGCCCAGCCCCGCCUUCCACCUCUUCUAACCCUUCUGGCCGGAAGAAGCCAGAGCGGUCAGAUGAUGCCCUCUUCGCUCUGUGAGCUGUGGUUUGGCUCCCCAGAUAGCAGGUCACCCCCAGUUCACACCAGGCACUAGCCACUCCUUCCAUCCCAGCCCCACUUGGUCCUGUGCUGCUCUGUCUCCAUGGAAAUGCCACUGUGUUUGCUCCCAAGCCUCCCACUAGUCAGGACCAGCUUUAGCCACUUCCUCACUCCGUGGGUAGGACUGCAUCCAGAGGCCCUACCCAGCCUGCUGCUCCCACUCCAGGGCCACCUCUGCCCACAUUUCCUCUGGAGAAAAGUGAGUAGUGGGGCUAGCCUCAAGCAGGACAGUCCUCUGGUGACUGUGUCCGAAGCAGACACCUGGACUGGCUCUCUGCUCAGAGAGAAGAGGUCAGGUCUGGUCCCUUCUCCACUUGUCCCUGCCACUCCUAACUCAGUGGUUCCAUUGGCGCUGGCCAACAUCCAACCCCUCUGUUCCAGAAAGUGCUUGUCUUCACCUGUAGGCUGGUCUCCCUUGACAGCUGCUCCCUGACGCAUGUUACCUUAUGGCACUUGGUGUGCUCAGCACUUUAGAAGGAUCUGGGGGUGGCCAUUUGUCAGGUCUCUCAUCUUGAUUUCCCCAUCACUCAAUUGAUAGCCCAGUCCCAAGUGGGCUCACGGGCCUUUAUGACCCUGAUGCCUCCUGGUAUGGGAAGAGAGCCAAGGGCAGUUGGGAGGGCAGCCCAUUGCCAUUGCUGCAUGGCACGCUGUUAGGUCCUACAGAGAUGAUGCUCUCGUGAAACAAACUUAACAGUCUGGCCUAUGGAGGGCUGCAUCGGAGGACUCGCUUGGUUUGUUUGAGAAAGCUUUGUGGGUCUGUGCAUGCUGUACUUGGGGCUUUGGCCUGGCCUGAGGCAGCCUCUGGACCUCUCCUUCCAGGCUUAGAAGGAUGCUGGUUGGUGAUUCAAGUGACAGAGAGAAGCCAGAACAACACAGAGGCCCUGUCCUGAUUUGCAGGGCCCUCAGCCUUCUCCCCAAGGUGUGCUCACAGCUUCACCUCUCUCAAGACUCUCCCACACCACUGUCUGCAGUUUCUCUCCAAGAAAAGUCUGGACUAAGCAGUAGGGACUGGGAAUUUCUGUGCCCCUUGGUAUUGGGGUGACUCCUGUCCAGGAGCACCUUGUGCAACAGCUGUAGUCUCCCAUACCCAACUUGUCUGCCCCUCCCCAGAAGUGUCAGCAUGGAACCACAGUGGGCAGCCUCAAACACUCAUCCUCAGAGUCCAGGCCCAGUAGGCACUUGUCUGGGGCACCACUGGGUUAGGCUACUUCAUGUCCUGGGGGGUGACCUUGAAGCUGCAGCCGUCAUCUCCAGAGCAGCCAGGCAGAAAGAUGAGCCUUGCUCAGGCUUAACUGUGCAAGGAGCUCUGGAAGCAUGGAGAGCUAAGACCGGAGUCCAGGAUGAUGCCACCACAGGAACAGACUUGUUGUUGAGCAGUUGCUGCUUACUCCGAGCCUUGUGUACAUAUGGCAUGGCCACAGCUCCUGCUAGGGGAGUGGCUGUAUGACUGUCUGUUAGGACCAAAUGGACAUGUCACACUUCAGGUCCUCAAAAGACAUCCCAAUCCCCUUUUUGAAGGAAGGGUAGCCUAGUGCCCUCUGGCAGCCUCUGCUCCACACCCCCAAAAUCCUUGGUCAGACCAUGCCUUUCUUUUUUUCCACAGAACAGAGCUCCCUUCAGGUCAGCCUGAAUAUUAACACUCCUGAGGUUAGCUGGCUUGAUGAGAGUAUGGAGAGAGGCUAGAUUGACUCAGCUGUACCCAGAAACUCCAGAUGGUAUGCCAGCCCUGUAGCCUGUCUAAAAGACUUCUCUAAGUGCCCAGGCCCUGCCUUUCCCAGCCCACCAAAGUCAGACUAGCUGUGGUGGACAUCUGGUCGCCAGGCCUGCAUCCUUAUCUUGCAAAGGGGGAAAACAAGACCAGCAGCCUGAAGGGCCUGAUGGGGAGAGGAGGAUCCUAUUGGUAGUGAGGGGAGAUAAGACCUGCAGCUGCCCAGGGAGACCCUAGUCACUGACCUCCAGCUCUGAGCCCAGAGCUGCCCUGUGCCCACUCCAGCUGCUAUCAGACAUGGUUCAGAAAGGCCAAGAUGCCCUAGACAGCAAGUGUAGUGGACUCUGGGGUCUGGCAGGAAGCCAUUGGCCCACACAGAGAAGUGUCACCUGCCUUCCUGGCAUUGGCCCACCCCUGCAAUGGUUUUCAAGUACUUUCCGCUCAGAUAUCUUGCCCCAAUCAGGGCUGAGGUGACCCUUGAGAUUUGCACAGGAAGCAGGUACAGGCCAGGGGCCCUUGGGGAGACUCUGUACACUUCUUUCUGAAUGGCCUGUCCUGGGCCAUGUAGCUUCUGGCUCCCCAUACCCAAUGGGGACCACGGCCCAUACUGCCUGGUUAGAAAAUAGGCCCAAACCAUCCCCCAGGAGAGUGCAACCCUCUGAGCCCCCAACUCUCCACAAGUGUUAGAAAUCACAGAUACAGUAUAUACUUAAUUACACUAAAUUAUUGCUGGGAUUCCUUAUAAGCACUAAUUAUACCUGAUUAUAGGUUAAAAAUAUUUAUUUUGUCAAAAUAUUUUCUUGAGAUUUUAACCUUUUCUGUGUUCAUUGUGCACAGGUUUGUAACUGGACCCCUCUUGUGCUCACUGUGGGCAGUGGACAGCAGGGACUGGCAUUGUGCUCUUUGGGCCAGCCUCCUCUGGCUGCCUUGGAGCCUGUUUGUGGCAUCCCCCUCCCCCGGGACUGAGCAGACCAGCUGAGAGGACCACAUCCCUCAGCUUGCAUGGGAUACAGGUCUCAGAACAGAAUGGACUCCUUGCUGACCUAGGGCCAGUGGGAAAAAAAGAUUUGUCUGUUGUUUGUCCUGUCUCCUGUCUGUCAGAUCUCUCAGUGUGAUCAACCAAACUGCUUCCUUUCUUUCCUCUCCUGAGGGUCUAGAGGUAGGGGCUAAGAGGCAGGAGGCUGGCACUGUCACUCAACACCAGGCGAGGGUGGCAAAGUCUCUGUCUGGGUGGCUGUAGGCACCCACUGCCUUCAGCAGAUGGCUGCCCUGCACAACCACCCACAUUCCUGCCCAUCUUCCUUUGCACCACCACCUCCACAUUUACACACCCUUCCUAAGUUCAGUCCAGGCCCUUGUAGGUUCAAGGGGACUGUGGGCUGGCUGGGACAGACCACCCUAAAAUGCCCCAUGACCUCUCCUGUCUGUUCUUAGGGCGUUUGGGUUCUUCGCUGCUGUCCCCCUCUCCCCACAUUCUCCUGCCUGGAGAACAGCCACAUCAGCGCCAUAUCCAAGUGUGUGGUGCCCAGGAAAGGCUCCUGUGGUAACAAUUUCUUCUAGUGGUCUCCAGCCCUCCCUUUGGGGGAGGGGGCUCCAAGCCAGGACCCCCGCAGCCCCCAGACUCCGCCCACCCCUGCAGAAGCAGUCAGCUCUGCCCUCUGUCACACUGCUUCUCUGUAUAGAUCCUCCAAGCUCCUCUGGAGAAAGGAGGGUGCGAUAUUUAUUUCUGAAAGUUUGCACUUAAUUUGUAAGCAUUCUCAGGAUUGUUGGGGGCUGUGGAGAAGAGGAUGUGUUGCGUUUGUUGUCCGGUUGUCGCAGAAGUCUGGUGUCUGUCACUGUUGUGCAGUUAUGUGAGCAGAGUCGACUGGUUCUGGGGAGGGUCAGUGCCCUUGGUCACCCACCCACUGGCUCUCUGUCCAGAUACCAGCUCACUAGUGUGGGUUCUUGCAUGUAAAAUGCUCCAUGACAAAUAAACACGCAACCCAACCA